GUCACUUCCUGCGCGGCAGACUCACCGCUUUGUUGAACAAGUAAGUUGUCAACUAGCGUUAAAGGUUUCUGUCUGCUUCGUUCGUACAACUUUGAAUAACAUUGUUCGUAUCUAGACAUCACUCUUGGUCAUGUACUCUCCAGUGAAUAGAUGCUGCCAUAUGACUAACACUAACCAUAGACUGUAAGGCACUAACACGGUUUAUUUCGCUGCUAACUGUUGCCGCCCUUGCUAGCCAACGUUAGCUUCCACUGCUAGCAGGGAAGCAUACAGUGCACGUACUGUAUGCUAACGGAGAAACUUGUACAUGCAUCACUUGAUUGUUGGCUAACUAGAUAUCUUUGUUAACUCUGAGUGUGAGUCAAACGUCGUUGCUUGGCGUUAGGUGCAGCAGAGUUCAUCAUCAUGUCUAAUCCACUGAGUGCAGAGCAGUGGAGAAAGAUAGAAGAAAACAGACAGAGGGCUUUGGAGAGAAGAGCCCAAAGACUUGGACAGAAUAUUAGCAGCAACAAGCAGGCCUCAGCACUCUCCUCCAGUAGUUCAGUACAGACUCACCCUCCUAAACGAGGCAUUGCUUCGGAUCCUGCUGCCCUCACACAUCUCAGAGAAACACCCAGUUUUGCCCCUGAACCAAAACGGUUUGUCCCACCCUUAAAAACACAUCACAGAGAAACACCAAGCGUGGUCUCUGAACCCAAGCGCUUUGUUCCACCCCUCAAAAAAGACUCACAAAGCCUCUAUAAUCCAAAUCAUGGCCAAAACCAUCAGCAGUUAUCUGGCACUGGCAACCAGAUCAACCAGAGUGCUCUGUGUAACUCUGCUACUUCGAGACAGGUGAAAGUUAUUGACCCACUACCCCAGACAACAAGUCAACAUGUGAGCAGCACUGUCUUGUCAAGCGGAGGAAGCUUUGGGGCAAAGCCAGCUCAUCCCAAGUCUAACCUCACCUCAAAUACCUCUGGUGGAGCAAUUGGCUCAUUCUACAAGCAGACUAGUAAACCUGCCCAAAGCCCUGUUGCACAGCUACCCUCUAACUCUUCAACUCUUAAUGGUGCACCUACUAAGAAGCCUGCCAUCUCCGUAAGAGGAAAAUGUGUAUCUCACACAGAGGGACGCUUCAGAAUAGAAGUCGGCUAUCAUGCCGAACUCAUUGCAGUUUUUAAAUCCAUCUCUUCAAAGAACUAUGACCCUGCCACAAAGAUGUGGAACUUCGGCCUGGAGGACUACCAACAGCUAAUGGACGAAGCAGCUUCGAUUCCCUCUGUGUCUUUGAGGCCUCUGGAGGGAAUGGAAGCACUGGACGUUGCUGUAGCCACCAGCCGAGCUCGCGACGGUGCAGCACUGGGGGCGCUGCUGAAGCUGUGUAACGGCUGGCAGAAACCUGGAGCUACUCUGCAGGGCCAGUGCAUCCUGGUGUCUCGGACAAAGUUUGAGGUUGAUAUCGGUUAUCAUGGCGAUGUCAUUGCAGCGUUCAAGCAGAUGCCAACGAAGAGCUAUGAUAUGAAAGCAAGGAAGUGGAGCUUUUCACUUGAAGACUACAAGAGACUCAUGGAUCUUCUCAGUGGGAUAGCAGCAGUGGAGGUGGAGCCUCUGCCCAGGGCAAUAGUCCAGGCGUUUUCUGCCAGCUUUGAUGGGACCGAAGCCAGGUCUUUAGACGUCCCUGAGGCAGACCUCUCCGGCAUCGACCCCUCGCUCACCCGCAGCCUCAUGCCCUUCCAGAGGGAGGGAGUCAAUUUUGCAGUGUCAAAACAAGGCCGCCUCCUCUUGGCUGAUGACAUGGGCCUGGGAAAGACGGUGCAGGCCAUCUGCAUAGCCGACUACUACAGGAACGAGUGGCCUUUGCUGGUGGUGGCUCCCUCCUCUGUGCGCUUCACCUGGGCCGAGGCCUUCAGACGCUGGCUUCCCUCCCUGAGUGCUGACAGCAUCAACGUGGUGGUGAAGGCCAAAGAUAAUCUGCGCUCUGGUACGGUCAACAUCAUCAGCUACGACCUCCUGAGCAGGAUGGACAAGCAGCUGCCAGGAAACCCCUUCAGCGUUCUCAUCAUGGACGAGUCUCACUUUCUGAAGAACAUGAAGACUGCUCGUUGUAGGGCAGCCUUACCUCUCCUGAAGGCAGCAAAGAGAGUGAUUCUUCUGUCCGGGACCCCCGCCAUGUCCAGACCCUGUGAGCUCUACACCCAGAUCCUGGCUGUCAGGCCUACACUCUUCCCCCGCUUCCAUGAUUUUGGGAUGCGCUACUGCAAUGCCAAACAGAUGACUUGGGGCUGGGAUUACUCGGGCUCCUCUAACCUUGGAGAGCUGAAGCUGUUAUUGGAGGAGUGUCUGAUGCUGCGUCGCCUCAAGUCUGAAGUCCUCUCUCAGCUUCCCUCUAAACAACGCAAGGUGGUCACAGUGACUAUAGAUGGUGUCAGCACCCGCACCAAAGCUGCUCUGUCUGCUGCCGCCAAGCAGUUAGCCAACGGAAACAGCAAUAAAAGGGAAGAGAAGGAGGCCCUGCUCAUCUUUUAUAACCACACAGCUGAAGCCAAGCUACAAGCGAUUAUGGAGUACAUCACAGAUAUGAUGGAGUGUGGGAGGGAGAAGUUUCUAGUGUUUGCCCAUCAUAAGUUAGUCCUGGAUCAUAUCACCAGUGAACUUGGAAAAAAGAAUGCCGCUUACAUACGUAUAGAUGGGACCACUCCAUCGGCUGAACGGCAGCAGCUCUGUGAGAAGUUCCAGGUCUCGACCAAUAGCUGCAUAGCUGUCCUGUCCAUCACUGCAGCUAACAUGGGUCUGACUCUGCACGCUGCUGACCUUGUGGUCUUUGCUGAGCUUUUUUGGAACCCUGGGGUUCUCAUUCAGGCAGAGGAUAGGGUGCAUCGUAUUGGACAAACCAGCAAUGUGAACAUUCACUACCUGGUUGCCAAGGGAACUGCUGAUGAUCACCUGUGGCCAAUGAUCCAGGCCAAAAUGAAUGUCUUAGAGCAGGUAGGCCUAUCUGAGUCCAACCUCUCUGACAAGGCAGUCAACGCAAGCUUCCACUCUAAGGAUCCUAAGCAGAGGAGUAUCAUGGAAAUGUUCCAGAGCUCUUUCACUGCGGAUGAUGAUAUGGACGAGGCCAUCUUACUGGAGGCCGCAAACGACUGGGAGGACUCCCCGCCUGAAGACAGCUGUGGUCAACAAGGCAUGUUCGGACAAGACCCCAGCAAAAGGAGCAUCAAAGACUAUUUCAGCAGAUGACUUUUAAUGACUUUUAAUGGCUGACAGUCAACAAGCCCCAUACCAGAUUUUGCUGAGCUUAUCAUGAACUGAACGUAUGUGAACAUAACUUUUUUUUAAUACUUUAAUAAACCUAUUUUUUUGCGACAGAGAAAAUUAAUAAAUAUUUGAUUCUUAAGUUUUUCUUUAGAAUCUCUGAAAAUGUAUCCUGGCUGGUUACUUAUGCAGUGGGAUGUUUAUCUUUGAUUAUCUUGAGUACUGUUGCUGAUUUAGGGGGAAAAACAGUUUUAAUUUCAUAGUUAAAUGUGUAAGGCCUAGUCUCAAUAAUUCCACUAGCAAGCAUAAAGCAAUAAAGCUAAUGUUGGUUUAAUAGGUUUUUGUUCUGAUGAUGCUAAUUAAGCUGAGGUAAGUUGUCCACAAUUGUAAAGCUAAACUGCUGUUAUUAAGCUCAAAGGAAAAGAAUGUGUCUAAUCACUCAUAUUCAUAAUGUCACAGUGUGGUAGUUAGACCUGGAAAUGGCAAUUCAUUUGCAGGCAAUCCCAUGAUUGACUGAAUAGAGUGUACCUCUCAUUGUUGUCUAGUUAUAGGAAAAAAAGCUUUUAUUUUAUAAACCCUGAAAUAAUUGUUUUGUCGUGACUACAAUCCUGGUCAGGGUCGUGUAUUUUACAGCUGCUAAGAGGAGCUAAGGCAGCAUGUAGAGUGAUUAUCAUGUCAGCAGAAUAUAUUAAAAAAAAUAACUCAACCCCUUCUAAAGGAAUAUGAUGGCAGAUUGUAAUGUCCCUCCACCUACACAUACAGUAUACAAAGCAUGUAAACAGACAACACAUCUUCCUUGUUAUUUCAUGAUUCAUAGCUUGACAGAUUUGCAUUUUUUUCACAAUAUAUUACAGAAUAAACCUUCUAUGCAAGAGAAAUGA